AUGAAGACUGAGAAGCGGCAUAGAGGGUUUGCCCCUGAACAAUUAUUUGAUGUUGUUGCAGCUGUUGUCUUCUACCAUGGAUUUGUUCUCUGGUGUCAGAGGUCGGAGAUACUUAGCCACUAUCCAUAUGGAUCAUUUGAUGCUGAGUUGGAAAAUGGAUUUAAAUUCCUUGUUGAAAGUUACGUUUCUCACGUUGAAUUGGAAAGACCAAAGCGUAUAAAGACAACUGUUUCACAGAGUACACUGUUUGAUCAUUUGAUAAACAUAUGGGAAUUCAAUCCAUACCCAAUUACAGGGAAUUGCAAUCUUUAUGUUUUGGUGGAUUUCAAGUUUCAGUCACCUCUUCACAGACAGAUUGCAUCUAUGUUCUUCAAGGAGGUAGCCUCUAGGAUAGUUGGUUCAUUUACUAAACAUUGCCGUUUAAUAUAUGGACCAGAGGUGCAGGUCCUUGAAAGGUCAUAUAGAAAAAUGGCAUAAUUUAAUUGGUUUGAAUAUCAGUUUCUUGCCUCGAACAGGACUAAGAUCAAUUUACAGGUUCAGCAUUAAUUGGGAAGGUUUUUGAUUGUGUGCCUCCCAAUACUGAAUGAAUACGAUUGAUCAUUUCUGUUUUUA